UUUGAUUAACAGGAAACUAAUUUGCUAGCGUAUAAUAACAAUAACAUUUACUAAUCAUUUAAUGCCUUGUGGUUCAGGUUGGAAAUGUGACUUGCUCCGCCUAUCCUCUAGCAUACUUGGAUACUAUUGACUCCAAGACUGGAGAACUUAAUCCUGUUUCUGCCUUGAACCUGAUUGUUUUCGGACCUAAGAUUGAGCAUCUAGAUCUUAUAGAGUAUGUUGUUGUCGACUUGCUGCAAGUAAAAUGGAAAAGUUUCGUUAAACGUGAAUUUUUUACAAAAAUGUUUCUCUAUACAAUCUUCUUCUGCCUUGCAUCCUUCUGCUUUAUCAGCCGAACCCGUCCACCUGAACCUUGUUCGGAGAUUUACUCAAACCAAACCAAACCAAAUACAACGGAACUUCCCGCAUUAUUAUCUUCUCUCUCCGCCAACCUAACCCUGAAUUUUAACCUGGAUAAGAAUGGUUCUGGCAUUGAUCCUGAACCUGAACCCGAAGAUGAUCUACCCUGGACAGUGGAGUUGGAGACAAAUCUUCUCUCUUUAGACGAGAAUGUUGAUGAGAGUAAGAACGAAACCCUGAGAGUUUGCUCCCGUUCAAUCUGCUACUUGCUUGACUAUGAUACUCCUUUCAAGAAAGUCAAGCUUGGUUGUGAGAUACUAGUAGUUUUCUUCGGUCUGCUAUAUCUUCUCCAGCAUUGUGUUCAGCAUUGUGUUCAGCAUUGUGUUCAGCAUCGUGUUCAGCAUUGUGUUUAG